AUGAAGUGGAGAUGGAGGUCAAUAACCAUCACCAAGAGGUCAACAGCACCGUACCAACAAUUCAACAGCCCUUACCAAGAGGUCAACAACCCUCACCAAGAGGUCAAAGAGCCACAGACGUACAGUGUGGAGGAAGCGGUGGAGACCAUCGGCUUUGGUCGCUUCCAUGUUCUGUUGUUCAUCAUUUUAAAAUAUACUGGGACAGCGGGGGCAAUGGAGUUCAUGUUGCUGGCCGUGGUGUCUUCUGAGAUCCACUGUGAGUGGCAUCUGAACGACUGGGAGGUGGCUCUGGUCUCCACGAUGGUGUUUGCGGGGUUCAUGGUGUGUGGAUUGCUGAGUGGAUACGUGGCUGAUAGAUAUGGACGCUGGAAUGUCUGUCCCUUUACAGGUUUGGUUUUUACCAUUCUGCUGUUCUGGAUCAGGUCUCUGGUCUCAAUGAUUUUCAAUGUGGUUUAUAUUUAUACUGCAGAGGUGUACCCGACUGCAGUGCGUUCUCUUGGAAUGUGUUUCUGCACUUCUUUCAGCCGCAUCGGAGGCACGAUCGCCCCCCUUCAUAGCACAGGUCUGUGGCUGUGUGUUGUUCAUGUGUUGAUGUCACAUUCAGUGAUUUUAGAUAUGCUGCCAUUCACUGUGGCCUGUGUGCUUUGUGCUGUUGGUGCCCUUCUACUGCCUAUCGAGACAAAGGGACGAGCACUACUGGUACGACACUGUCUGUGUUCUCGUGUGAAAUGA